AUGGCGGCCCUGCGCACCCUCCUGCUCCUCGGGCUGCUCCUUACGGCGCGGGGGCAGAGGGCGGCGCAGAGACGGCGGCCGCCCUCUCCCCAGAGUGCGCUUGAAAAAGUGGUGGCUCAGGAGCCGCUCAGCCUCCACCAGCUCUCAGGGAAGUGGUUCCUGGUCGGCAUGGCCUCCCGCUGCCGCUACCUGGCAGAGCACAGCCACCAGCUGGAGGCCACCACAGUGACAGUGACCGUCCUGGAUGGGCAGAGCCUGGCCAUCAGCACCUUCAGGAAGCUGGACAGGAUGUGCUGGGAAAUCAGGCAGCACUACCUUCCCGCCCUGGCUCCUGGACACUUCCUGCUGAAUGGCCAUAGGAAAAGCAGCAAAGUGGAUGUGGUGGUAGGUGAGGCUGACCCCAGCUUCAUCAUCCUCUAUUACCAGAAGGGCCACAGCAUCUCUGUUAAGCUCUAUGGACGGAGCAGCCUGGUCAGUGAUGCCAUUGUGGACAAGUUCGAGCAGCGCGCCAGGGCUGUGGGGCUGAGUGAGGAUGUCGUCUACUACUUCCCCACCUAUGGGUUUUGUGACUCUGCAGAUGAGUUUCACAUUCUCGAUGAAACGAAGCUGUAGGUGCAGAUGGAGUUGCCAAGGGGUCCCAGAGCUCAGCCCUCACCUCAGCCAGCUGCCCAUGGCCACACAGACCUGAGCUCCUGAGCCCCUCCAGCUGUGCUGGCAGUUGUGUCUGUCCUUGUCCUGUGCCCUCCCAGCUUGUGCCCCCCCCCCCUCUCCUCUGUGCCUCACUCUCCUGCAGGAGCCAGCAACACCCCAAUAAACACCUCAGAGAAGAA